GUACAGACCAUCAUUCGCUUCUCACAAGAGCUACCAAAAACCUCUUCUCAAGAGCAAGCUAAAAAAUAACCAAGUGUUUUUUUUUACAAAAAAUAAGGAAAAUUUUUUCUAUCAAAACAAAAAUUUUCCAAGUUUUCAAAUUCGCGAUCAGUGUUUGUGUUUUGUUUUAUAUAACGCAAAAAUAAAAACAGUUCCAAGAUGGCCGCCACCACAAUGAUGACCAUCAACCACGUGCUCGAUUGCGAAAAUGAAUUAAACGACAAUCUCUACAAUUUAAAAAUGUGUAGUGGUAAAAACAAAAAUUCACCAAUGCGUAAACUUCUCAAACCAUUGAUGAAAUUAAUCAAGAAGAGAACGCAUGCGUGUAAAAAAUUACUCGCCAAGAAGAAUGAAAAAAAUCAACAACAACAGCAAUUGGAUGUCUUCACCGAGGAGGUUGACAAUCAAAAUAAUUCAAAUGAAGCACUCGAACAGAGAUUGUUGAGUGAUUUGACGAAAGCUGAUGAGGGUGCUGCAAUCAUCACAAUUGGACAAGACGGAAAAAUGACAGUCGUUCCUGUUUCCUGUUAUGUGCCAGUUCACUUUUUGCCAACACUCGCCGGCGAUUUCUUCUGGACAACACUGCCACAACAACCCGUGAGUGACUUUUACUACAAGGAGACUAUCAUCUCACAACAUCAACAUAUCGAACUUCAAGUGAUUUGAUUCCAUCAUCAACAUCAUCACAAUCUUCAACCAAUUCCAACAAUCUUCAACUGUCAGUUUUGGAUUGACAGUUCCUGACUUGUAAAGCAGAGGACAAAAAUGGAUUGUUCUAUAAAUUCAAAGGUACGAUGAGAAAAAGAAUUUCAAUGAUGACAUCGAAAAAAAAAAUUGUACCUUUUAAUGAAGAAAAUAUUUGACUGUGAUCGAUAGUUCGAUAAGUAGAUUUUUAAUUUUUUCACAUUGUUUCAAAAUGCUCAAUUUUUAAUUUUGAACUUGAGUAAAAAAAAGGACAGAACAGGGUAUAAAAAAAAGAAACUUUUGAAUUGUUAUUUGUCGAGUGAUAUAUAUUUUUUCUUAUUCACUCAUGUGAUAUUUGUACCUAUAAAUAAAUUAUAGGAGAAUUGUAAUUUAUUGAUAAAUGUAUAUUUGUGAUACUGGCUUUAAAUCAGAUCGACUUUAUAAGUCGAGAUGAAAAAUAAUUCACGUCUUCCAAUUUUGUGAAAAUAAAUUUUUAUAUUAUACUUUA